AUGAGCUUGAUGUAUAACGUGCAACAAGGCUCCCUUUAUGUCACCAUCAAGCGUUGCGUCGAACUGCUUGGCAUGGACUCAACAGGUUUUUCGGAUCCAUACGUAAAAGUUUCGCUGCUUCCGCUCACCAAUAAAGCACAUAGGCUAAAAACAUCAACAAAGAAGAGGACAUUAAAUCCUGAAUUUUUCGAGACACUGGCAUUUGUGGUGCCGUUCAAGGAUUUGCCGAAAAAGACGCUAAAAAUUGAUGUUUUCGACAAGGAUGUCGGCAAACACGACGACUAUAUCGGUAGGGUCUCUUUCGAGCGCUUAAUUAAAAGCUGUAAAAGUAAAACACGUUUUUUAGGAAGCGUGCUGCUAUCAACUUCGGCAAAAGGCGAGCGUCAGAAGCACUGGACCAACUGUAUCCAGAAUCCGGGCAACGAAUUCGAGCAGUGGCACAAAUUGGAAGUUAUCGAAUAA